GAGACUUUUUCCCAUCAUGCAACUGCAGGGUGCUGCUGCUCCUCCCCUACUCGCUCGCUCACCCCCAGCUUGCUCUCGGAUCCUGCUGCCCAGAGACGUCCCUUGCUCAGCACCGAAAUGAGGCCGCUUCUGAGGUGGGGUCAACAUGGAGGCUGUUUAUGCAGGGGGCCCUCGCCGGGUGCUGAGAUGCAGCUGACUCCAGUGGCUCUUUAUACAGGUUCUUUCAGUCCAUCCUGAAAUAAAGGAGCUGUGGGAGAAGCCCCUCUUUCCAGACAGCAGCAGUGCCAGCUCCGGGAGGUCGCUCUGGUUUUGCAAGACAGUUUGUGCUUCUGGGCUCUCGGACCUGAUCCCCCACCCGGCUCAUGUGGUGUCAAAAACAGGACACUGAGGUAGGAAGCCAGAGGCUGGAUGCUUCCUGCCGGGGGCAUGAAUGAGACCGAAAGGCCUGGGGUCUGGGCUCAUCCCCUGCUGGGAUAAGGACAGCCCUGGGGAGCAGCCAUGACUGCAGGGCAGGGGGCAGAGGGGGCCCUGGACCUGCAGUUUCAGAUCCAGGUGGAGCAGUCGGUGUGCCCCGCUGGGCUGACGGAGCAGCAGGCCUCAGCUGGGCCCGAGCCAGAUGUGGGAUUGGAGCGGUCAGGCAGGCUGCCUAUUGUGGUGCAGUCCGGCACCAUUGGGGAGCUGCUGAGAUGGGUGGCGCCGCAGCAGGCCCGUUAUGCGUCGCAGAAGGAGAUGCUGCAGCACUGGGAGGAUGUCUGGCAGGAGGUGCUGCAGGCCCUGCGCAUCCUCCCAGAGGUGAGGCCGGCUCCGGCCUGCGCCCUCAGGCAUGGAGAUCCAGAACUGCCACCUCCUCCCAGAGUUGUGCCAGCACCGACUUGUGCACGUGGGUGUGAAAACCUCGCCUCCCAGGGGGGCAGAGAGUUACCCAGGAGUCUGGAACAGGCUGGAAUUGAGCCGCAGGAGGAGAUGGCACCAUGUCAAGAGGAGCAGCUGUCAGCCACGCAGACCCCUGCUGAGGUUAAGCCAACUCCAGCACCUGCAUGGAGAACCCUGGAGCCGCCACAGCUGGCCCCAGAGGACGAUAUCGAGGCCUAUCUGGCCACCUUUGAGCAGGUGGCUGAUGCCUGCCAGUGGCCGAGAGGGGAAUGGACAACCCGACUGGAGCCGUACCUCACCGGGAAAGCCCAGCUGGCCUAUGGCAGCCUAGACAUCACAGAGACAAGUGACUAUGGGAAGGUAAAGGCCACCAUCCUGCGUCGCUAUGGCAUCAGCCCAGAGACACAGCGCAGGCGCUUCAGGGGAUUCUGCUACCAAGAGGCCGAGGGGCCCCGGGAGGCUUACAGCCACCUCCGGGAGCUGUGCCAUCGCUGGCUGGAGCCGCAGAGCCGUACCAAGGAGCAGAUCCUGGAGCUGCUGAUCCUGGAGCAGUUCCUGACCAUCCUGCCAGAGGAAAUUCAGGGCUGGGUCUGGGAACAUGGUCCCGAGACCGGCACCCAAGCGGUGGCUCUGGCUGAGGGGUUCCAGGUGGGGCAGCCAGAGGCCCAGUGGCCGGGGCUACAGGUUUUCCGGUUCGCAAACCAGCCCUGAUCUCUCAGUUGGAGCAAGGGGAGGAGCCGUGCAUCCCAGAUCCCACAGCCCCUGAGGAGCAGGGGACCCAGAGGGAUGUCCCAGCAGGUGAGGGAUGAAUCAGCCAGCUCAGAAAGUAAAAUCCUGGGAUCUCAGCCACAAGUUCCCAUGGCAGUGCCUCCUGGCUGCGUCUGCUGAGCCAUGGGGAAGGCAGAGCUUAGUCACACAGCCAGGAGCUCCUGCAGCCCUGCCCCAUGGCCGGAUCCACUGAGCCAUGGGGGAGGCAGAAUCAAGACAUGUUCUGCCUUUCCUUUCCACUCCUCAUCAUGGUGAAUCCAGGCGUGAGACUCUCACGGUCACCACUUCCAAGCUACUGUUACUCUGACAUCCACCAGGCUUGGGGGUGCACAGCUGUGCAGUAGUGCAGAUAGCUGCAUGCUCAGGAAGUGUGGCCUGGUGCUGACUCACUGGCCUUGGAUGCUGAAGACCUGGCUUCUGUUUGACCUCUGACACAGACUCCCUGUGUGACCCUGGGCAAGUCAUUUAGUCCUUGUGUGUGUCAGUUCCCAUCCCAGGGGAUAACAGCCCUGCCCUGCCUCCCAGGCGUGCAUGUGGAUAAACACAUUAAGGAUUGUGAGGUGCCUGCAUACUAUGAUGCUGGGGCCUGUCAAUACGAGAGAGAGACAGACACUUUAGAAUCAUAGAAUCUCAGGGUUGGAAAGGAUCUCAGGAGUCAUCU